AUGCGGCAAAAUGUCUCAGAUGCGCUCGACACGUUAGAAAGUGAUGGAAUUAUUGAAAAAGUAUCAGAUGCCACUCCUUGGGUCAGUCCAUUAGUUAUUAUCCCAAAGAAAGAUGGUGAGAUCAGGCUAUGCAUUGAUAUGCGCAUGGCUAAUCAGGCAAUUCAACGCGAAAGACAUCCGACCCCAACUGUGGAUGAUUUAAUUCACAAAUUAAACGGCGCCACCAUGUUUACAAAGCUUGAUCUUCGCUCGGGAUACCACCAGUUACCUCUCGCUGAGGAAAGUCGACACAUAACCACAUUUGUAACGCACAAAGGACUCUACCGCUAUAAGAAGUUGAAUUUUGGCACCAAUUCGGCAAGUGAAAUCUUCCAACAUGUAAUUAGCGAACAAAUCCGUGACAUUCCGAAUGCCAUCAACAUUAGUGAUGACAUAAUUAUCUUUGGCAUAACCCAAGCUGAGCAUGACAAAGCUCUUCAUGAAAUUUUUGAGCGGUUUUCACUCAUUGGAUUAACCUUCAACAAAGACAAAUGUGAGUUCAGUCAAUCGCAGCUCACAUUUUUUGGUUUUGUCUUCUCAGGUGAUGGCAUUUCACCGGAUCCAGCGAAG